AUAGAGCGAUAAAGAGAGAGAGAGAGAGAGAGAGAGAGAGAGAGAGAGAGAGACUCCCAUCGCGCACCCUGGUUCUUCAAUCUGGAGCGUCAGAUGGCUGCGCCGCAUCUUUCCAUCCCCAGCUUUUUCUAACCGGCUCGAGCGCGCGACUUUUCAUCUUUUCAUUUUUUCUUCCUAUAUUUAUCCUUCUUUUUUUUUCUUUCUUUUUUAUUGUCACCCUUAAAUACACUCAGCCUAUUUCCCGAGAGGAUGCACAGGGUGUCAGACGCACGCGCGCGCUCCUGAACGCUUUGCAGCAUCAUUUCGUCGCGCGCGGAUGAACGAAUUUCACUGACAAGUUGCACACAAUCCGUUCUUAUUAAAGCUUCUUCAAAGAGAGAAGAAGAAGGAGAUAAAUGCGUGCAUGGCGUGCUGCUGCUUUUGGGAGGAGCGAUGAGAGAUGAGUCUCGGUGACCCCCCCACCGGAGAGCUUUUGUCUCGUGGAGGACGAGGAGGAGGAGAAGAAGGAGAAGGAGGAGCAGGCGAAACGGCGCGAGCGUUAUACGGUUCCUCUGCGCUGCGCAGAGCAACUCGAGAACAAGUGAAGCAUCCUGGGCAGGAGGAGGAACACCUCCGGGAUUGUCGGUGACCAAACACGACUUUGUGAAGAAGGUGUGAGUGAGAGCGCGAGCUGUUGGAGCAUUUUAUUGCUGGGAGAUUAAAACUGAUUUUGAUGAGGAGGAGGAUGAGGAGGAGUGAAGAUUAAGGCAUGCCAUCAGGAGGCGUGAGAGAGUAACAUUUUGCACGGUGUCUCAGAAGGAUUUUGGCUUGGAGUUUUGAGUGGCGCACGUGCAAACGGGGCAACCCGGAGUUCUGGAGCAUCAUGGGCUGCUGCAGUGGACGCUGUACAUUGGCCUUCAUCUGCGGCAUGCAGCUGAUUAGCAUUUUGGAACGACAAAUAUUCGACUUUCUUGGUUACCAAUGGGCACCGAUCCUCAUAAACUUUAUCCACAUCAUCACAGUGAUUCUGGGCCUGUUUGGGACAGUGCAGUUCAGGCCGCGAUACGUCACUGGGUAUGCAGUCUGGCUGGUGCUCUGGGUCACCUGGAACGUCUUCGUGAUCUGCUUUUACCUGGAAGUGGGUGACCUUUCCAAGGACAAAGACCUGGUUAUGACCUUUAACAUUUCCAUGCACCGCUCAUGGUGGAUGGAGAACGGGCCUGGAUGCAGGGUUACCCCUGUGACCCCUCCGCCCUCCUGGGCUCCUGAAGAUCAUCGCUACAUCAGCAUAGCUGGCUGUGUCCUGGAGUACCAGUAUGUGGAAGUGGCCCACAGUUCUCUGCAGAUCAUCCUCGCGCUCGCUGGGUUCAUCUACGCCUGUUAUGUGGUGAAACUCAUUUCAGAGGAGGAAGACAGCUUUGACUUUAUAGGUGGCUUCGACUCGUACGGGUACCAAGGACCACAGAAGACAUCUAAUUUGCAACUACAACCAAUGUACAUGUCAAAGUAACAAGGACAAACUGCCUUAGGAACCAAUAAAACUGAUGACCUUCUGUCUCAACCUUUCGUCUUUUUGUACGUAAAUGUCUUAAUAUGAUAGUGUCUUAAGAACCCUUGGAGGAACGCAAGAUGUGGCACUUUAACUGGUCGACAACUGGAGAAAACUAGAACCAAUGCAUUGGAUCUUCUGCCUUUUUCAGUCUGGUGCUUCAUGUCUAGCUGAUUUACGGAGGAGCCAGAGCGCCAUCCUGUGGCCAAGACACUUCCUUCUUCCUUUCGACGGCAGAACAGCAGCACGAUGCCGUUAUAAUAAAAAUUAAGCAGGCCGCAUUUUGGACGUCAAUGCUAAGGAUGGAACAUAAAGACAAAAAAAAAGACUUAAUGUUGUUCUGCGUUCUGAUAGACUCCGUUAGAAAAACUCAAUAAUGAAUGUUCGAUGAAAACGGUCAGAAAUGGCUUUAGUUCCCUGAUGUUGUGCUGAAUGGUUAGUAGAAAUAAAAAUUAAGGAGAAUUAUACAAUGCGUGUUUACAUACGGUAAAUCCAGUCAUCGGAUUACCGCUACUAGGUCGUCCUAAUGUCUGAUAACUGUACUCUUGAACUUUUUUUUAAUCUGUAUUAUGGAUGUUUUCCUCUUGAAAGUGCCAAGAACAGUUCCAACAAACCCCCUCUCCUGAAACUGCCCAGAGAUUUUCAACAGCAGUCAAAAAGAAACAAUCCACCUAUCAGUCGCGUCGACUGGACGUCGUCCGCAGAUCGCCUGUGUUUGUUUUGCAUGAGGUGUCGUUCCGAAUCGCGUAUUGUAACCCGGUGAUGAUGGGAAUUAGCCGAGCCGAUUCCUAGCUGGCUCAAAGGGUUUUGUGAAUAUUGUGUUUUCUAAGCGCGGUGUUCAGUCUCGUAAAGAGGAAACGAUCAAAAACCUUCUUCCUAUUCCAAGAUUUUUUUUUUCUAAAGUGUGCCAGUGUUCAAUCUUUUUCUAGUAGAUUAAUAAUUUGGUGUUAAGGUGGGCCUUUCUGUUGAACUGUAUAUAGACACCUGGAGAAGGGAGGGAAAAAAAAAGAAAAAGAAAUUUUUAGUAGUGUGAUGUGAGAGGAGUGUGUGAUAGAGUUUGUGAUGUGGCCAAAUGUGCUUUUUAUUUGUGUGUAGUUGCCAUUGAAGGAACCCAUGAGGAGCCCUAAAAGCGUGUAUGUGCUUUCUUUCGCAGAAUUGUUCCUUUGACGUCACAGAGCCAACAGCUAUUAGUUUUAGUUCAUUAACAUGCUGCCGACAAGUCAUUCACAACACACACGUCUGGUUCCUUUACCUCCCAAGUGUACUGAAUGUUUUUCCAAAUGCUAUUAAUUACACUUUGAAGUAAAUACGAGAGACUUUUCUUAAACUGCACUUUCAUGCUUUAAUAAUAUUUCAAUGUCUUUUAUUAAGUCUGAAAUGACACAUGAAAGCAGUUAGCAUCAUUUAGAGAAGAGGAAAUUACUUACAAACGAAUCCACCUCCUCUAAAAAUAGGGCGUGUACUCACCCACCUUUGGAGUAACAGACGUUUGUGGAAAACUUUCCACCAAGUUGAAUUAAAUGUUUUUCGAAAAAAGAAAAAAAAAAGGCAAAUGACUCAAUCCUCCAAUUAAUAACACUUUAGCCAACUGCUGACAAGCCAAAACGAGCAUUUCUUUAUCCCUUCCCUCAUGAAUUGCAGCCGGAACGUCGAUGAUUAAUCAAGAUAUCUCCGCGGUGCCAUUUUUUCAGCCUUUAUUGGCUAAUGACUCCCUACAGUCAUCGCUCUUAGUGCACACAUACAGGAAGAAUAUGAAUAUAUUCAGAGACCGUAUUGUGAAAUUUACGCCCGUUAAGAGAGAUCACAAUGUGCCCUACAUCUGUCUUUGUGACUGCUUUAGAAAUGAAAUAUUGAAGCGACAAAGGGUUAGCGGCAUGCAAUUGAUUUGGGAAAAAAAAAAAAGGAAGCACAGGAUUCAUCAGAUUAUUACACUGGGUUUAUCGCAUCACACCUGCAGCAGCUUUUGUAUUUCAUUUCUACUCAAAAGACUUGUAAAUAAACAGUAUUCCUCCACACAUGGUGCUUGAUCAACCCUAAUAAGAUAGAAGCGAGCGAUCAUGCAUCAGGUGCUAUCUCUCACUCUGCCAGCUGCUGAGAGGUUUACAGGAUGGUCUACAAGUAACAUUUAAUGUCGUAGGUUCAUAUCAAAUCAAACAGGAGACUGGGGGAGCAUUUUAAAUUGGAUAAAAUAUAUAGAACACUAUUCCGACAAGCUUUAUACACCAAACAUCCUGUGUUUAAUGAGUCUCGAAUGGCCUUGUAAUAGUGUUUAGAAGGUACUUCCUGAACUAGUGGUUAAAUUUAAGUCUGUGGAUUUUGAUCCAGACAUUAUAGAGGUUUGUUUUAGGAAUCUAAACAUUUUAGACCUCAUCCCCCAUUCUACAGUCCAGAUUUUACACUCUUUAUUCAAGUUCCAGUGUUUUUUAACAUGGAACAAAGCAAAUACAUGGACUAUUUGGAGGUUCUAGGAGUCUGGAUUGAAUUUUUCUUUUCUUCAGAUUUAGGCUAGAAUGAUUGGGUUCAGUGCUGUGUUCAGUUUUUUUUAAUAGACCUUGUCUUUUUUUCUAUUUCUUUUCCUUUACAAGAAUGACUUGUA